UUCAGAGAAUCCGCGUGGAUAGAUCUAAGUGAAAAUGAAAUCUCAGUAUUGAGAGAGGAACCUUUCCGCCCUAUUCUGGAGAAGAUUCGGGAAAUCGAUCUCAAUGAUAAUCCUGUGGUGUGUGAUUGCACCAUGGCCUGGAUCGUGCUGAAUCCUGAAUUCCUGGCAAAAGUGAAGGGAUCCUGCACCGAUGGAACCGACUUUCAAGACUUGGACCCGAUCGACUUUCAGAACUGCCACGACAGAUUUCCAUGAUUGCCGAGUGGCUACUCCAUUUUCAUCGAUUCCGAUGAGAUUUAAACAAUAAAUGGAUUCUGAAUCGACUACC